AUGGCUGCUCUCCACUCUCGAUCAAACAGUUUUCCUUCCCAAUCUCAUCCAGUAAUGGAUAUUGUUGAAGAUCAAUUGUGCAGGCUAAAGUCCUCAGAAGCUGCAUCAACAUCGGCCACUUCUAUAUGUGCAAACUUGGCUAGCCUCAGAGAUUUUCAUGAAGGGAUUAAUAAUCUGAUUCAGAUGCCUUCAGUCCAGACAUCCCUCUCCAAUGAACAAGAUGAGAAUUGGAUAAAUGAGUUGCUGGAGGGAUCACUCAGGCUGGUGGAUCUUUGUGGAUUUUCUCGAGAAGUCGUGUCCUCAACCAAGGAAUCUGUUCAAGAUUUUGAAUCAUCUAUCAGGAGGCAUAAAGGUGAAACAGCCAAAGCAAUGGACAUGAGUGUUUAUGUGGCCUCAAGAAAGAAGAUCAAUAAAAUGGUAAACAUGUGGAUCAAGAAUUUGAAGGGCUUCAACCAAAACUCUACAGCACUUUCGGACAAAGAUUAUGAUCUUAAAGCCAUCGGGACAAUGCUGAAAGAGACAGAGGCCCUUGCUUUUUUGAUCUUAAAGUCUGUAUUGAUACUCAUGGCUGAGGAAAAGGAAAGAUCAAAGCAAAGAAGUUGGUCAUUGCUUUCCAAGUUCACUCCAGGCAGCCGUGUACAUUCUGAGGUCCAGCAAGAAGCUGGUUUGGAGAACUUUUGUUCCUUUAACAUCUUCAAAUCACUAAAAAGCAUGGACAACAUGGCUUUGCAAAACACACUGAAAGCAUCAGAGAUGACCAUUGAGAAACUUGAAGAGGGAGUGGAAGCCUUAUUUAGGAGUCUAGUCAAGACUAGAGCUUCUCUUCUUAAUGUUCUCAGCCAUUAG